AUGGAGUUUUGGGCCAUUCUCUUACAAUGCACCCCAUACCUUAUCUCUGUCCUAGCUUUCCUAAUACUUCUGGAACAGGUUUCUUACUUGAAGAAAAAAAGGAACAUGCCAGGCCCAACUCUAGUCCUCCCAUUCAUCGGCAAUGCAAUUUCCUUAGUCCGCAACCCCACAAAAUUCUGGGAGAUUCAAUCCUUGAAUGCCAAGUCCUCAGGCUUCUCCGUUGACUAUGUAAUAGGCCGCUUCAUCAUUUUCAUUCGUUCCAGUGACCUCUCCCAUAAGAUCUUCGCCAACGUCCGCCCCGACGCCUUCCAACUCAUCGGCCACCCUUUCGGGAAAAAACUCUUUGGUGAACACAACAUCAUCAACUUGUUCGGUCAAGAACAUAAAGAUCUCCGUCGUCGUAUCGCCCCAAACUUCACCCCAAAAGCUCUAUCCAUUUACACCACCAUCCAACAAAACAUUAUGGUCAAACACUUCAAAAACUGGAUACAUUUAUCUUCUUCCUCCACGGAACGGCCUAUCCCAAUCCCUCUUAGAAUCCUCUGUCGUGAUUUGAAUCUCGAAACCUCCCAGACAGUGAUGGUUGGUCCUUAUUUAAGACAAGAUUCACGACAGAGGUUCAAUGAGGAUUACAAUUUCUUUAACGUUGGCCUAAUGAAACUGCCAAUAGAUCUUCCCGGAUUCGCUUUUAGGAAAGCCAGGCUAGCGGCGCAAAGACUUGUUCAAACUCUAGCAACUUGUACAGAGGAGAGCAAAACGAGAAUGAAGGCUGGUUUUGAACCAGAAUGUCUAAUAGAUUUUUGGAUGCAAGAGAACAUUAAAGAAAUCGAAGCUAAUAAUUUUCAAGACCUACCUCACUCUAGCAGUGAAGAAACGGGUGGCCAUUUGUUUGACUUUCUGUUUGCUGCCCAGGACGCUUCCACUUCCUCACUGCUUUGGGCAGUGACCCUUUUGGAUUCUCAUCCUGAGGUCUUAGCCAGAGUACGUAAAGAAGUCGCCGGCGUCUGGUCGCCGGAAUCUGACACACCCAUAACCGCCGAAAAACUCAGAGAACUGCGGUUCACAGAAGCCGUGGCGAAGGAAAUAGUGAGGUUCCGAACUCCGGCGACUUUAGUGCCACACAUCGCCGGAGAGGACUUCCAGUUGACUGAUAAUUACACCAUUCCAAAGGGGACUAUUGUUUUCCCCUCGGUUUUUGAGAGUUCUUUUCAGGGGUUUGUUGAACCGUACCGGUUUGACCCGGACCGGUUCAUGGAUGAGAGGCAGGAGGACCGGGUUUACAAAAAGAACUUUUUAGCUUUCGGGGCUGGGUCCCACCAGUGUGUGGGACAGAGGUAUGCGAUCAAUCACUUGGUGCUCUUUAUCGCCAUGUUUACGUCGUUGAUUGAUUUCACGCGGGCCCGAUCAGAUGGUUGUGAUGAUAUUGUUUAUGUCCCCACUAUUUGUCCCAAAGACGAUUGCAAAGCUUUUCUUUCCAACAGAUGCAGGCGAUUUCCAUCUCUUUCAUGA